AUGUUUGGUCAAGCAUCAAAGCCAAGCUCUUCAUUUGGAGGAUUCGGCUCUUCAAACACAAAUACAAACAUCGGUACUGCAAGUGGUGGUAAUGGUGGUGGUGGUGGUGGUUUGUUUGGCGCCAAACCAGCAACAUCAACCGGAGGUCUCUUUGGACAAUCCAAUACACAACAAGGUAAUACAAGUGGUGGACUUUUUGGAAGUAAUCCUGGCGCUACUAAUAUUGGUACAGGUGGUGGGUUGUUUGGUCAGAAUCAAAGUGGGACAACAGGAACAUCCGGAGGACUUUUUGGUGGUCAACAGAAUCAGCAAAACCAGCCAUCGACUACCGCUGGCGGGCUUUUUGGCCAAUCUAAUCAACAACUGACAGGACAAGGCACUGGUACUAGUACGGGGCUCUUUGGAGCUAACAAACCUGCAUCGAGUGGACUUUUUGGAAAUACUGGAGGUACAAGUGGUGGAGGACUAUUUGGCAAUACUCAAACUGGUAAACCCUCAAGUGGGCUAUUUGGUGGAAACAGUUCUAAUACAACACAGUCCAGUGGUGGCCUCUUUGGCAACAACACUUCUAAUCAGUCUAAUAGUGGAGGUUUAUUUGGUUCAUCCAAUACGCAAUCUAGCGGAGGAGGCUUAUUUGGCAAUAAACCUGCUACUUCUGGCGGAGGACUUUUUGGUCUGCAACAACAAUUGCAACAGCAACCUCAGCAACAACAACAACAACAACAACAACAGGUCCAGCUCACUGCUAUGACUAGAGUUGGUGACUUGCCACCCGAAAUCAAGAACGAAUUGCAACAGCUCGACACAUAUAUCAAUACACAGCAUUUGAUUGCUACAACAUUGAAUUCGGAUAUGUCUAAACAUAAUGAAUUGGUAGAGACCAUACCCAAGGAUAUUAACUACCUUCAGAACAAAUUGCUUUCAACAAAACAAGCUUUGAAGUUCGACACAAGUCAGCUACUGGCUUUGAAAACCAUGAACAAUGAAGUCACCGAGGAUAUCAAUAACAUAAUGCAACUAAUUAUCCAAUUAAGCACUCCGGGUACAAAGCUAUCUAGCUCAUACCAAUUGAAUGAGUUUUUUAUAAAAAAAAUUAAAAACUAUCAUGAAAUGGUUCGAUUGUACGAAGAGACAAUUGCAGAAUUAGAAGUAGUGCUCAAUGGACUUGAACGAAAUUGCAAUGAAGGUUUUGGUAAUUUGGCAAGCAUUAUUCAAGUGAUCAAGACACAAUAUGCCUUGUUCAUGGAGCUUUGUGAAACAAUGGCCCAAUUACACAACGAGGUGAAGAGAUUGCAAAAGUAG